GGCAACACUGUCAGUGUUUUUAGAUUACCUCAAAUGUCAACUACAAAUUUGGUUAUGUUUGGUUGCCCUAAACUUGAUGUCCUUUUACACAGUAAAGAGUAAAGAAGAACUGUCCUUUACUGUGCUCUCCUUUACUGUGGUCCUUUUAUACAAAUUGUUAAACACAGUCACUUAAAUUGAAUCCUAAUUUAAAAACAUAAGUACAAAAAUAUGUAAGUGUAAAAGUUAAUGGAUUGGUGUAUGUAGUGUGAAGUAUUUAGUGCAAAUGUGACUAUUUUGUGUCAAAAAGAAGGGCAGAUUGUAGGGUAACUGUAAACAUUAGACUACCUUAUUUAAAUAAUCAAGUGUAAUUAAAAAUGAAUCAAAAUCAAAUGGUAGUCAAACAAGAAAUUAUCGAGGAAACGUGUAAAAUAGAAUAUAAUGACUUAGAUGGUGCCCUUUUAGAUGGCCUUAAAUGUGAAAUUCUGGAGGAAUCUAAUGGGCAAAGUACACAUGACACUUAUGAAUACUUAGAUGUAAAAGAAUUUCCCAUCAGUACAGAAAGAGAACAUGAAAAUAAACUUAAUCCAUUUGGAGAAAUCCAAGAAACAGAAAAAGGUUAUCUCCAGGAUGAAAACAAAAUGGAAGUUAUGGGAAAACUGCUCCAAGAUUCAUCUUACAAACAAAGUGACAUGAGUCCAGACAUUGAAAAAAAAACAUUAAACAAAAAUAUGAAUAUUGGGACAAGAAAAAAACCAAAUAAAUGUGAAAUUUGUUUAAAAGAAUUUAGUCAAGAAAGUGAUUUGAAAAAACAUUUGCAAGUGCACACUGGAGAAAAAUCCUACAAGUGCGAGAUUUGUUUUAAGCAGUUUAGUCAAGCAGGUAAUUUGAAAGCACAUUUAAGAGUGCACACUGGAGAGAAACCAUACAAGUGUGAAAUUUGUUCUAAGCAAUUUAGUGAAGGAGGUAAUUUGAGAAGACAUUUGAGGAUGCACACAGUAGAAAAACCAUACAAGUGUGAAAUUUGUUUUAAGCAAUUUACUCAAGCAGAUGAAAUAAAAAGACAUUUGAGCAUGCACACUGUGUUAAAACCAUACAAGUGUGAAAUUUGUCUUAAGCAAUUUAGUGAAUCAGGUCAUCUGAAAAUGCAUUUGAGAAUACACACUGGAGAAAAAGCAUACAAGUGUGAAAUUUGUUUUAAGCAAUUUAGUGGAGCAGGUAAUUUGAAAAGACAUUUGAUAUUGCACACUGGGUUAAAACCAUACAAAUGUGAAAUCUGUUUUAAGCAAUUUAGUGACGCAGGUACUUUGAAAGCACAUUUAAGAGUGCACACUGGAGAAACAAUUUGCAAGUGUGAAAUUUGCUUUAAGCAAUUUAGUAGAGCAGGCAAUUUGGAAAGACAUUUGAGAUUGCACACUGGGUUAAAACCAUACAAGUGUGAGAUUUGUUUUAAGCGAUUUAGUGAAGCAGGUCAUUUGAAAAAUCAUUUGAGAGUGCACACUGGAGAAAAACCCUAUAAGUGUGAGAUUUGUUUUAAGCAAUUUAGUGAAGCAGGUCAUUUGAAAAAGCAUUUGAGAGUACACACUGGAGAAAAACCCUACAAGUGUGAGGUAUGUUUUAAGAAGUUUAGCCAAGCAAGUCAGUUGAAAACACAUUUUAGGGUGCACACGGGGUUAAAACCAUACAAGUGUGAAAUUUGUUUUAAACAUUUUAGUGAAAUGGGAAGUUUGAAAAUACAUAUGAGGUUGCACACUGGCGAAAAACCAUACAAGUGUGAAAUUUGUUCUAAGCAAUUUAGGGUGUCGAGUAGUUUGAAAAAUCAUUUGAAAGCGCACACUGGGGGAAAUCCAUCAUCAUCAUCUUCAUCAUAAGUGGCUCAACAAUCUGUACUGGAUCUUGGCCUGCUCGCAAAGAAGUUGCCACUCCUGUCGAUUCCUGACAAUCAUGCCUAUUCUGUAACUCACUGCGAUGAUAGAAGUAAGGAAAAUCAAAUAGAAGUGGCCAAAUCGAAUAGAAAUAGUCAAAAACGGUGUUCCAUAACUCCCUCGGAAUCUCUACAAUCGGAAUAGUGAAUAGAAAUGACUUCGACAACAUUUACCCUGUCGAAAUUAGAUUUCGAUAUCGGAAUUGUGCUUGACGCAAUCGCAUUGUAUUUUGUUUUGACGUUUAUAUUUAAUAUCUACUAAAAAUAAUUUAUUACUACUUAUUUAUAAUUAUUUAUAGUAUUUUUACCUUUUGUAUCUGCUUAAUUUUUUAGGCUGUCGUGCUUUUUUUAUUUUUUAAUAGCAUGGACUUGGUCAUUCAGCCAGUCACAACAUGAGGUACUUAGUGUCAUGUGUAGUGUGUGUGUUGAGUAAGUGUCUUGUUACUUUGCAAAGUCGACGUCAUUGUCUUUGCAAACAGACGCUAAUUGUAUCCGAACGUCUGCGGUCCCUCCGGUGAGUACCGAUCCCACAAGGACAGAAACUAUCUUCAUUUAUUAAUUUAUAAUAAACGAAAAAUUCCUGACCCUGGUGAGAUUAGAACUCACGCACGACCAUUCGGAUAUUUCGAUCCAAAGGUAGGCGCUCUUACCACUGCGCCACAGAGGGGGUUAGGCUGUGGUGUUAUUUACUUAGAUAAUUGUAUAUUUAAUUUAGUCAUGUUGUACGAGUAUGCAUUGAACCUAACCUCAUUUUUAUUUGGCAUCUGAAUGCUGAAAGUUUGCCAGUUACAGUGUUGCCAUAUUUUUUUGUUUAUUUCUUGUACAAUUUCAAUCAAUGAACGUUUAAAAUAUAAAGAUAGACUUAUAGCGUUGAUUCAUAAAUAUAAAUAUAUUAUACCAGUUUACUUGUAUUUUUAUCAAUCAACGCUUAUAGAAAAGACGCCAUGGAAAAGUUGUUUAUCAGUUAUUUUAGCUGGAAUCAAAUCUUAAGAUUGUAUAUUAUUAGUAAUAUCUUACAUCAUACAUCUUAUCUUCAUUUAUCUUAACUUUUACGUAACUUUGAUUUAAAACCAUUUAUCAUCUUCGAGCUUUUUGUGUCCAAUAUUUACACUAAUAUUUUAUUGUUUACUUUUCAAAACUCUUAUUUUUUGUUAUUUGAAAACUAUUUUUUAAAUGCAACUGUAUGUAAUGUGAUAGUAUGAAAAAUUGGCAACGGUGUCGUAUUUCACAUUUAGAACCAGCAACAAACAGCUCACAGAACACUAAUUUCGCUUGACAAUGCGGGGUCGCCACCACCUCCUGGCAGCGUCAAAUAGAAAUUGCCGAUUUCGAUUUACCCGGAUUAUGAUAGGUUUGUUCCAACAUGAACUUUUGGACGGUCCAGAAACCGUCACGAAACUACUUGUACCGUUUGUUGUGCGCAUGUUCGUAAUUGUAUCGCCCAGUUAUCGUCCCAUGACAGUAAUUUGGAAACCGAUGUUGGAGCAGUUAUCUGACUGAUAAUAUACCAGUAAGGAUCUGUUUUUAGGUGGAUGUGAGAGGUGGCAUUCAGAUUUUUGCGGAUAAAGUUAGGUGAUAACUUCGUUAAUAAUAAUUGAAUUAUGCUCCUUCUCAAAUAUACCCGGAACAUUAAUAAAAUAAAUAAAAAAUUUCGUUUUUUUUUCUACUUUUUUUGCUUAUAACUUAAAAACUAUUCAUUUUAGAACAAAGUCGUAUAGGAAUAAAACAAAGAUAAUUAAAUUUUCUAUCAGAUGCGAUUUGUUAAAAAUGUCUUAAUUUAUCACCCUGGCUUCAAAAUAGCAAUAAAUAUAAAAUAAGGGGGCAAAACAAGCCUGUCCUUAUUCAAUGAUUUUCCAUCACUUAGGCUACACUUGGAACCUUCCUAAUUCACAGUGGUAACAGUUGAUCCGGAUGUCGAUAAGGUUGUUAUAAACAAAGAACUUGAGGAAUUACAUAACAUCGAUUUUUCGCAAAAUAAAACAUUUUUUUUUUGUAUUUCUUGGGUAAUUCUAAGCAAAAAAUGCUCUUAUAAGUUUUUUCGUAGGAUGCAUAGUUUUCGAGAUAAACGCGGUGGAACUUUAAAAAAAUCGAGAAAUUGCAAUUUUUUAACGAGAAUAACGUUUGAUUAAAAAAUAAAAUAGCAAUUCUGCUGACAGCAUUUGAAAGUUUAAGUCAAAUUAUACCGGUUUUAAUUAUUUGCAUUGCUAAAAAUUAAUUUUUUUAUUAUAAACAAAGCUAUUUGUUUAUAAGCCAAAAAAUUGUUUUUAAAUUUAAAACAUUGCUGAGGCCCCUUAAAUAAUCGAUUUUAAUUCUGUAAAGUGUAUUAGAUAGGUAGAGCACCUCUUUAUAUGUAAAGAUAUAGAUUUUAAAAAAUUUGAACUUUUUUAAAAACGUUUAGAUUGCAAAUUUAUUAUGCAAAAUUUAUUAGGUCGAUUUUAAUGAAAUUUGGUACAUGAUUUAAGUAUGUUACAAAGAAUUUCCUAAGCGAAUUACUAAGGUUCUAAGUGCCACCAAAGUGGUUAAAAAGUAUUGAAUAACAACAGACUUAUUUUGCCCCCUUAUUUUGUAUUUAUUGCUAUAUUUCAGAAAAGGUAAUACCUUAAGACAUUUUUUACCAGUCGUAUAUCAUACAAAAUUCAAUUAUCUUUAUUUUAUUUCUCUACGACUUUGUUCCAAAACGAAUCGUUUUAAAGUUAUAAGCAAAGAAAGCAGAAAAAAUCGAUGUUUUUCGAAAUUUUUAAAUAUUUCAAUUUUUUUAUUAAUGUUCCGGGCAUAUUUGAGAAGGAGCAUAAGUCAAUUAUUAUUACUGAAUGUGUCACCUAACUUUAUCUGCAAAAAUCCGAAUGCCACCUCUCACAUCCAAAAAUAGACGUUUUUUCGCAGAUCCUAACUGGACUAUAACUGAUUUAUCUAUCAUUAUCAUUUGUCAUUUUUUUUUGGUGGCAGCUUGUGUGCUUUUAGUCGAUCACGAUUCCCGCUUUCGAUUUGCAGAAAGGCUUAAAAUUUGCAAGGCUCAAAAUAUUUAAAGAAUUUAAUCCUAGUGCGCAAGUCAGUGCAACAAGCACAUGCAUUUGCCCGAUUAUGGCCCGAUUACUGAAAUGAACAUCACGAAACCGUCACCGAAAGAUCACAAUUCUUGUUGAAACAGUGGGAAGGACGAUCCGAUGACGAUCAUAUUUCUGUUGGAACGGAUUUUGUUUACUGCGCAGGAGCGUUACCGUUUCGUGACGGUUCUCGGUCGUGUUGGAACAAACCUGAUGUGAAUUACAGAAUGCCAAUCUAAACACGAAAAUGUCGCGAUAGAUAUCAAACAUUCCGAUUUCAUGUAAUAUACGAUUCGACUUGGUCAUUUCUAUUCGAUUUGUUAAAAGUUACAGAAUAGGGCUGCAUUUCCCUUUAUCUUCUGACCCUUAGAAUCUGUAGUCUUCUUCCACAGCAUCAAUCCAUCUUCUUCGUAGUCAUCCUCUACUUCUUGUGUCUCUCAUUUAUGGCACAGACAAUAUUGAAAUAGUUAUUUUUAUGUAAUCACAUUAUGCUGUAAUAAUUUAACUUAAAUUUAAGAUUAUUUGUAAAAAAAAUGCCGUUAAAAAAGUCCGUAAAUAAACAUUACAUUACAUUAUUGUAAGUAAACAAUGCUUUA